ACCUCACCACACCACACUACCCUCCUUAUCCACUCUCUUUUGCAGUACAGUGCAGUACAUUGAUCCAAUUUCCAACUAGGCGCAAGCAGCCAGGGUUCGAUACCAACUUGUUUACAUUCCUUCCCUCCGUUCUAUUCAAACUAUCCAUUCACUCUUUGGCCCGGGUGGUCUAUCGGCUUGCGUCUUCAACUCUUCCCAUACAACGCCACAACACGUUCAUCGCCCCAAUUACCAGGCCCAAAACUCACUCAAAGCAAGCAAUAUCCAAUUUUGAGAUUACAAAAAAAUGAAGUUCACACUCGCAUCACUCGUUGCCAUUAGCGCCGUUUCGGCCGUUCAUGGGCGUGCCAGUAUGAUACAACCACAUCCCCCCACUUGAGAUACGGCAGCUAACAAUUAAUAUAGUCCCCGCAUCCCAACCUGGAGCAAUCUGGGACCGCCUCUUCAGUCGUUUCGAGGCCAGAAACGAUUAUGGCUAUCACACCGAGGAUAUGUAUCCAGGGAUCAAGCCCACGGGCACCCAAGGAGUGGUUCCGCGCCCCGGGACGAGCGGAAAGCCGACUGGUACUGGGACGGGAAUUGGAACCGUGAGUUGCCCGCCCGAAUCUUGCGUGCCGAUCCGUGGCUAACGGAGAUCACCUCAGGGAACUGCAAUCUAUGGUACUGGAACGAGAACCGCCAUCUACGGUACUGGAACGAGAACCGCCAUCUACGGUAGCGUAACAGGAUCCGCCAUUUUCCCGAAAACCAUAAUUAGCGUUCCCCCAAGUGUAAGUUUCUCCCCCUCCCCCCUCCCCGCUCCUCCGCCAAUGUCUCCAUAGUCCCCGGCUAACCCCCAGCCAAAAGACCCCCACUACAGCCCAAGGACCACACAAGCCCCGAUUAGUGGCCCAAGCGCUUCCAUUGUCCCGAACACCAUAAUUAGUGUUCCCCCAAGUGUAAGUUUCUCCCGCUCCCCCCCUCCUCCGCCAAUGUCUCCAUAGUCCCCGGCUAACCCCCAGCCAAAAGACCCCCACUUCAGCCCAAGGAACCACACAAGCCCCGAUCAGCAGUCCAGUCGCUUCCAUUGGCCCAGCCUCAGCAUCGGCCGAGCAGGACACUUUCACCGCGCCCGUCAGCCAGGUCACCUCGACAAAGAUGGUCACCCAGAUCAGCUCGACAAAAAUGGUCACCCAGUUGCCGCCCACGACUCAACCGUCUGCCACGCUAACCGCACCCGUCGCGACGUUUUCACCCUUCAGACGGGAGUAGCAGCCACGUUGUGGUCAGCACCGUGACGACUACUAUCUCCGUCACCAUCACUGCGCUAGCAGUUACGUUUAUGGCGGUGGGCGGGGGGUGCGAGGGCGGUCACCAGGCGUAUUAAACAGGCACUAUCGCUAGUUUUUGUGGGAUCUGGCAAUCCUGGAGUUUUUUUUUUCCUUAUUUUUUCCUUAUUUUCUUUUAUUUAUCCCCACUCCCUCUACCACGGUUUCUUAUCGAUAGGGCUAUCUAUCUACCAAGUUACUGGUGAGAGGGGGGUAGAGCUGCGUGGUGUAGAGGAUUGAAAUGAAUUGAAUCGGGUUCGAAACCUUGAAUGUACCGUAUCAUACUGUAGAUUGUGGAAAUU